AUGUUCAGUCGUCGCAAAAGGAGCACCUCCAGGACCAGUCAUCACCAGCCUCUCUCCACACCCGCCUCACAAUCAGCGCAGUCCGCCGCUAGCCAUGCCUUCCUGAAAUCCCAACCGUCCACAAACAGCUUGUCGUCGGCUGCCGCAGCUGCCGCGCUGCGGAAUCUCACACCUACCCCGACGAAUGUCGAAAAUGUGCAGACAAAGCGGACGAUCCAGCGGCGGGCCUCGACACAGUCGCAAGCCAGUCCGCAGGCAAACCGCCGCUCGGCAAGUGUCAGUGGACCGCUUCGCAGGACAAAUAGCUCGAGCUCGAUGACUGCGAGGACAUUUCGUGAGCCCUCACCGAAUCGCCCGUCGACAAGCUCCGGUGCCCCAAGCUCUUCUAUGCAUUCCGAUGUUCCCCCGCUGCCGUCGCUGCCCAGUCAGUAUGCGUCGCGAAAGCUUCCCCCGCGCCGCGCAACGAGUCUUGAACCAUCAAUGCGAUCACCUCCAUCGUCCCCGGCACGUUCGAAUGUACGGGGGCAGGGGUCGGGGUCGGGGUCGGGGUCGGGGUCGGGGUCACCCGCUCACAACCGAGUCGGCAGCUUGAGCACCGUACAGGAGCUGGAACGACCAGGAAGUCGCAGCUCGGUCAAUUUCUCAUAUCCCAGGGGGUCACGCCCGAAUUCGCCUGGGCUAUCUGAGAAUCGGUCUGUGAGCUUAAGGGCCGCUACGUCUCGUGAAGUGUCAUCUGUCAAAGUGGCUAGCGCUCAACAAGCUCUGGCUCAAAUGUCAGAAAAAUCGGCCAACACGAGGUCAAAACCACUAGUCGUGGAUCCUGCAGAAGCGACCUCCGCGAACAAGUCGGCAGGGCCUCCGGUUGGCACUGGCAUUGCGGCAGCUGCAGCUCAGGCAGUCAGCGGACAGAAGAACAGACCACGACCGGAAUCUGAGCAUGCAAGGGUUAAGCGGGUAGUCUCCGGGCCUCCAGCGACCAGCCCGCAGGAACGUCAUGUCGAUUGCUCCGUUCCAUCUGCGGUUGAAAUCUCCGAUAUCGAGCAUCCCUCUUCUCGGGUAGUUCCAGACCGUUGGCCCUCGACGGUACCGGAAGAGAACGAGCCUACUGAUGAAGUGGGUGUCGAUACUUCCCAUGCUCAGGACGCCAGUGAUCGACUAAAGCAUGCCUCAGUCGCAUCUAAGUACACUGAUUUCAUAGUCACGCCCCAGAUCACGCCUCAAGCAACACCACAAACCUCCCCGAAAUCUGAGAAGCAACUCACACCCCAACAAGAGGCCCAUUUGCGACAAUCUAGCAGUCCUGGUCGUUCAGCACGCUUUGCCCGGUUGCUCUCCGUUACUGCAGCCGGCGAGCAAGUUCACGAACCUCCACCAAGGUCUAUUUCUCCUGGGAAGUCAGCACUCAAGAAUGCUCGUGGGAACUCUUUGUCUCCGGAAAGGAAAACAGGGGCCGUUGGACGAAUUGUCGCCAGUGAACUAUCAGAUGGUGGGACUUCAGUCGCUUCGGACGAGGGCUCCCGAAUUGGUGUAAAGAAGCGGGCUGUGAAGGUGAGCUUCGAUGACGAAGCUGAAAUUGUUGGUGUCGCGGCCAGUCCUCCAACCUCGCCCGAUGAGUAUGUUCCCGAGUCUCCGCCCAAAUCGAAAUCUCGGAAGAAUUGGUUCAGUGUGGGCAAGAAAAAGUCGCCAGCUGCCGAAUUUAUUUCUGGCGACGACGACUUUGACGAGGUUAUGAAGCCAAGGCCCACGCUUCCGUCUUUUGGAAGUGUCCGUGGCAAUCGCAACGGUGGUCCCCUGAGGCCACCCAUCCCCGAUUUCAGCGACAAUGAAUCCAGCAGUUCUUCCGACAAUGAGGCUACUAUACCGGUAGCUUCCUUCUCAUCAGACCAUGCCAUUGGAGGAGUGCUUCACAAGGCAGAAGAACCUUCACAGCUUAACGAUGUCAAGUCGGUGGAGCGAUUGUCAGUGGUUGGGGAUUCUUCUCAGCAAGAUGGCCUCUCUCAAGACCAAAAGAUCGACCGCGUGGCCAUUGGAGGCUUCACGGAGCAACAACCAUACUCUGGUGUUGACUCCGAGUUGCCUGCUCCUUCUAUUGCUGUGGAGCCAGCUACACCUCCAGUUGAUGAUCGUCCCAGCUUUGAUGCCCAGAGAGCAUCCAAGUCCUCCCUUGAUCAGUACCAAGUCCCAGGUGGUUUUCCUAAGUCUGCUUCAGACCGGAGCAUCAAAAGUGUCGCCGGUGCUGGCAAGAACCAGCCUGUUGUCGCCAGCGCCGUGCCUAAAUUGGAGGGCGCCGUGCAAUAUAGUGAAAGUGACAACAGCGAUAAUGAUAGUGUCUACAGCGAUGCCCCGGAGGACAUUGAUGGAGAUGGCUUUGGUUCUAUCAAUGCGAUAGUCGACGAGCGGCCGAUUCCUAGGUCCUCUGCGCCCAUGGACCCAUUGAACAAAAGCCGCGACACGACAUCAAGGCUCGCCGAGCGAACCAGCGUCGUCGAUACUCAGCGUCAACAUGUCGCAAGCCAGCUCCUGCAGGAGGCCCGCUCAGCAACUCCACCGCAGCAAUUGAACCAACACCAGGCAGAACCCUCUCCUCCAGCUUCCCCGAUGAAUAUGCAGUCUCCAUACCCUCUCCUGCCAUUGAAGUCAGAGGCACGUUCGUCCCAGCAGCAGAAUGGGAGUUAUGUGUUAGAUAACAAACCGAAAAGACCCAUGUCAGUCGACGCAUAUGGUAGCUUCGCCGGACAAGAUCCUCGCUAUUCAAGCAAUGCUACUGGUAGUGGGAAGGAUAAGCACCGUCCUCUUUCCCUAGGCCCGGCAUUCCAGAUGCGAGGACCGGAUCCACGCCGGACCAUGUCAAGCGGCAGUGAUUCCUCCAGCAGCUUCAAGCGUGCCAGUCCCUCUGCCCGGGGUGACGGUCCGCACAAUAUGCGCCGAACAAUGAGAGCCAGUGCUAUGAGUGGUCAGCUGUUGUCGCCUUCGAGCAGGACAGACUCUCCCACUGAUAAUCGGCCGCUAUCCUCCGGUUCGGGAUCCGGAAAAAUGCGCAAGACACUGCGGGAGCCUGCUCCUGGAAGUGAAAAGUUUUCAUUCUUUUCUACGAACAAGAAAGCACCGAGAGCAGGAUUUGCCAGGCCACCUCCCAAAGCCCGUGGAACGCGAUUCGCAGACUCGGAUGAUGAAGGCGACAAUCAGCCUCAAAUCUUCCAAAGUCGGUUUGCGGAUUCAAGUGACGAAGAGGAGUCCGGCAGCGCAUACAUGCGCCCCGUCCGCGGUAUCCCACGCCGCAAAGGUGCCAACGAUGGAGACUCGACCGAACUAGAGGAUAGUUCAGAAGAGGAACGUCGGCAGCAGGCUCCGAAGAUGGUCGCCCCUUCCAUUGAUCCUGCCUUGCCGCGAUCCCGCGACCAAAACGUUCCCCCGAAUAUGUCUGGCAUGGCGGCCGUCGCACGACAGCGCGGGAUGACCCAACGAGAGCUAGAGGAGUUUCUCAUGCAACCUUCGCGUGGUCGUAAGCCAUCGAUACUUUCCCGGCUCGGCCUCAAAAGGUCCAAGAACCCCGACAACCGUAUUCGCAAAUCGGAUAUGGAAAGUCCCUCUCGACGGGAUACGCCCCUCGAGCGCUCGCGGCUGGAACGCGACCAAUUGCGCGAUGAGCCUUACACCAAUGGAGUGCAAACGACGGUGACUGCAACGAACCCACCGCCGCCUUCCUCGCCAAAACUGAUGAAGAGGCUCACCAAACGGCAAAGCACUGGAGGGCAACCAUGGCCGAUCCGCUCCGAACCUCGAGCGGAGACCCCCGAACCCGUCAUUGAGCAAAGUCAAAGUCUGCCCUCGUCGCCAUUGCAUACGCAAAAGCAGGAACCAUCGGUUGAUGAUCAUGCCGGUCGCAAUGGCAGCAUCAUUGUCAAUGGAGAUGGUGCACCAGGAACGCUCGCGGCUAUAAAGGAGUCUGAACCACAGCCACCGCGGAACGGCCCAGACAUCAAUGACGCCGGCUCCGACAUCACAAGCACAACACAUCCCGAAGACCAGCGUCAAGCUGCCCGGAACGUGGUGAUUGCCGGCUCGGGACGCAAGAAGCGAUUUCCGAUGCUCCGCAAGGCAUUCGGGUUACGAAAGUGA